AUGGCCGACGCUCGCGGAGAGCCAGUCACGACGUGGUGGGUGGGUUUGCGCCAGCAUGCGCACGAUUCGCGGCCGGCGUAUGCGCUCUCGGCCCUGUGUGCGAUGUCUAUGCCGUUUGGCUUUGGACAAGCGAUCAAGAUGGCCGGGAAUGAGGCUGCGAAAAAAGCGCCGCGACUCAUCCCGCCGUUCUGGCAGAUGCUAGGUUUUAGCGUGUUUUUUGGCACGGGCGCCUAUAUGAUCGAUCACGGAGAUACGCUGAAUGGCAGUGGCGUGAUAUCGGCGUGGUCGCUGACCUAUGUCACGUUCCACACGCUGCCCAAGCUGCGGUGGCUGUAUCGCUCACCGCUCUCGCUGCUGCUGAGUACGGCUGUCACGGGGAUGGGACUCGGCGUAUAUGCGAACUACUACUUUGACAAGAGCAGUUGGCGCGGCGCAGUGCCGGGCCUGCUUCCGCAGCCGCGUCAAGAGGCAGACAAGUAG